AUGUCACCAACUUACAAUUUCAUCCACCGCAAGGACAACGCCGCCGACGGUAUCGGGGUGGGAGGCGGCCGGAGGAAAAUCAAUUUCAGCAACGCCCGACCGCAUUUCGUUGCUGUCCUGGGCGAGUUCGUGGGCACCUUCAUGUUCCUCUUUUUUGGUUACGCAGGCCAUUUCAUGGUGGCCAGAUCCUCCACGGGGUCAGAAACCGAUACCACCAGUGGCGACAGCGCUCAGACUACCAUCUUUGUUGCCCUGGCAUAUGGGUUUUCUCUUUUGGUAACGGUGUGGGCAAUGUACCGCAUCAGUGGCGGUCUUUUUAAUCCGGCUGUCGCCUUUGGCUUGAGCCUAGCUGGCCAGUUACCGUGGAUCCGAACUUGCGUCUUGAUCCCUACCCAAAUCGUGGCUUCCAUGUGCGCGGGCGGCGUGGUUUCGGCCAUGCUACCCGGUCGUAUCUCUCAGGUUAAUACAACGCUUGCUCCAUUAGUGAGCAUCCCGCAGGGCCUGUUUUUGGAGAUGUUUUUCACGGCGUACCUCCUUUUCGUGGUCCUUAUGGUUGCGGCAGAGAAGUCCAAGGAUACCUUUAUCGCCCCCAUUGCCAUUGGUCUGGCGGCGUUUGUUGCGUUAAUCCCAGGUGGAGCCCUGAAUCCUGUACGGAGUUUUGGUUGUGCCGUGGCUGGUGCAGAGUUUCCCAGCUAUCAUUGGAUUUAUUGGGUUGGGCCGUUCCUGGGUUCGCUGUUGGGCGCUGGUUUAUACAAGGUGUUCAAGAUCUUGCAUUACGAGGAUGCCAACCCCGGACAGGAUGCCGCCCACCCAGACGAGGUGAUACAAAUCGAAGAGAACAGGGAUCUGGAGAGUGGCGAUGUCAAUCUACGCAUUUCAUCGCUGCACACCAUCCAGGCUUGGCUCGACGACACCGGCCUUGACAUCGAGCAAUCCAUUUCCCAACACGAAGAAGCGGGUUUUCGACGUCGACGUGCCGACACCGCCGGGAACCUCGCGAUUGGGAUCACCCUCCAAACGUCAGCGCACAGAUGUUGCAGCAUCGAUAUCGAACCAGUCUCUCCAGAGCGAGCAGUCGGCAUCAUUCCCACCUACAUCGCAAUCGAAUGCCUCAACGUCCAGGCGGCCCCGGGCUCCGAAGAAAUAGCAGACAAGUUGUUCGGCACUUCAGAUGACAGAUUUAUCACAGAUCCUAACUUUGAACAGCAGGAGGAUAAAAGAAAUUGGACGCUGCGAUCGAACUGGACGAUGUGCAAGCCAUCCAAAAAACCGCGGAGAGGUGUGCGAGAUACUGUAGCCAUGAAGCUACAUGGAACUCUGAUGUUUAUGCACGGAUUUUGA